UGGCCGACGAGGUGCCUUGGGGAGCAUCAAGCAGCUCCUGUGUGGUUUGCAGCGGUGGAGGCAGGCCUGGCUGGCUGUGCCUGGCACGGGAAAAGGCCCUGGCAGUCGGAUAUGCUUGUGUGGGCAGAGGCUGGACGUGGCCUAUGUCAGGUGAUGGUGGGAGGUAGGAUUUUCAACAGAGUGCUGGGGAAUGGCUCCUGGAGUCUCUUGAUGAGGAUGAGAGCUGCUUCAUUUGUGCUCUCCCCUUCUCCUGCUGUGCUUCAGCCAUGGCUUUUGUUCUAGGCUGUAACUUCUCUCCCUUUCAUUGCGGCUGCAAUCCCCAAGAAAACUUUUAAUCUGCAUUUUCUCACCUAACCCUGCCUAUCCUGGGAUCAAAGCUGGUGAUAAGACCAUAGCCCUGUUGUUAUUGUGAGCUUAGCCUUACUGAAGGAAUAUCCACAGCCUACAGAGCUGAAAUGACUAACUUGAAUCUCACAGCCCCAUUGUGCAUAUUUCCACAACCUCCUUUUCUCUCCACACCUGUUUACAUCCCUCUCAACUGCCAGUGCCCUUGCUUUGGAGGAUGACAGCAGCACUUGAUUCCUCCAUAGCUCUGACAGCCAGAGCAAGGGCCCGAGGCUGAGCCCAGGCCUCAUUUUGGGAGUAAAGCCCCUGUGGGAUUUCUUUAUGGAUGUUUUGUGGUCAGUGGUGCUGGGAUGCACAACCCUGAUAGACACAGAUGUGCUGGCAGAAGCCUCUGAUGCAGAAGGGUUGUAGUGAAAGCAAUCCAAGGGGAGUAUGGAAUAGGCUAAAGCUGUGACAAUGCAUUUGUUAGCUUAGCAAAGGCCCUGCUAGCAGGAUUUCACUGGAUUGUUUCACUGUGUUGCAGUCUCAGUAUAGCAUUUUGUGAACUGCUUCCUCUGCUGGCAGCACAGGUGAGGAAAUGGUCUGAGACCAUCCACACCAUUCCUGCUGGCCAUGGGCUCUGCUGGUGUCUCCUGGCCACUUACUGGGAGCCUGCUUUGCUGGCCUAGCCCUUGGCAGCUCAAAGGAAAAGGAGUCAGUCUCUGGACUGGUGAGACAUUGCUCUGUUCAACACAGCAUUAGCCAGGGCCAGCUUGUACAGCUGAACAUGAGGUGGAGCCUCCCAGCACUGAGAUCCCUUUCCAGGGACUUGGUGGCAGGCACCUUGCAGAGGGAUCUGGGGCAGAGGAGACAGCUCUCACUGUGCAUCCGGUAGUUGGCUCUGCAAGGCCACUGAAGGAAAAUUAGAUGGUUUUGCCCUCAAAGAUGCAUCCUCGUGGUGACUCUGCCCUUUUGUCUUCUCUCUCUUCCCUGUGCAAUAUUAAGAUGGAUUUGGGUUGUAAGGGACUCUAGAAGUCUCAGGUCCAACUGAUCUCCUGCUCAUGGCAGAGCUCACUUGAGACCGAGUUGUUCAGGGCUUUGUCCAGUUGAGUUUUGAGGACUUCCAGGGCCAGGGAAUCCAUGGCCUGUUCCCAGGCUGUGGCAUUCUCCUUUGGAGAGCCACCUGCUGUGCCUGCAGCUUCUAUCUCCAGCUAUCUGUAGCUGCUUGUGUGAUGUGCCAGGACUUUGUGUCAGGUCAUCUAUGUCCUGCAGCAUUUGGGCAACAGGUAGAGAGAUCUGGGGGCCAUCUGUUUUUUACCACUUCCAGGUCUUUUAUUUCUUUUAAUCAGUGUCUCAAUAUUCCUAAAGCAGUUUCAACAUACACUGCUUAGGAAUGCAGUACACCUCCAAGCCUUUUUUGUUGUGCUUGAGAUAGUACUGCCAAAGCUUUUUUCGCUCUCACCCCCUUCUCCUGCAUUUAACACUAUUUUGGCAGAUGUUGUCAUGUGGUGAGGGGUGAGCCUUGAAAGAAACAUUGCUUAUUCAUGCUGUAGACACAAAGCUGGUCCUUGAAGCUGAAUUGCUCUGCAGAUACCAGGUGUUGCUGCUGUGUGUGUACAUGGCUUGUUACUCCUUUCUCUGUUGCAAAGCCUUGACACUUUGUGCUUGGGGGAAUCCUGGUCUUACAAGAGGAUGUGAGAGGAUCCAAGCAGCUUCCAACUGCUGCCAGGAUGGCAUUCUGGAUGGAUGAGCACGUUCCUGUUGGUUGUCUUAGAGUCUGCUGCUAGUACAGAGGUCUUGGCUUAGUGGCAAGUACCACUGAGAUUGAGGAAUGUUGUCAGGUACAUUUGAAGUGUGGCAGGGAGUCUCCUGGUAAACCUAAUUCCAGGCAAUUCUUGCAAGCUUUCUGAAAUUUGUCCUUGCACUUUCUUGAAGCUGAGGUGAAGUUUCUGGAAUGCAAACUCAAAAUCUAGUUUGGUCAUUCCUGCCUCUGAGAAGACUUGUGGUUGCUGUUCUGCAGCACCAUCUCCUCUGUGCUGGAGGAUUUGGGCUUUCUGGGUUCUGGGUGAUUGCUGUACUAUGUUUGAGGCUUGCAACGUGAGCUGGUACUCCUGCUCUGGCAAAUGUAGUGGUGGUCUUGGUCCCUUCUGGAUUUGUGGGACUGUUAGAAAACAAUUGCUGGAGUCUUGAGGCUGCUGGUGAUAUUCUGGGAAGGCCCUUAUUUUCCCCAUGUGCCAGUUCCUAUUGUGUGGACAGUACCAGGCACACGUGAAGGCUGGCCUGGAGGGGACAUGGUGAGAGCAGUCUAAUUAGGAACCAAUGGUACGUUUGGAGAUGAGACAACUGUUCACUGAGCCCUGCCUGCAGACCACAGGCUGAAGGACUUGACCAGUGACAUCCUGCAGUAGCUAAAGCUGGGUUGGAGAGAGUCACUGAAUGCUGUUGUAAAACCUCCAAGUCACAGAGGGCUUACAGAUCCUGGGGUCAGUUGUUUAAUCAUCUGUUUCUGAGUUUGUCCAACUUUGAUUUCUAGCUUUUUGAGUCAUCAUGCAGUGUAUUUGUCAUCUCUAAAGGGUCCUCUGCUGUAGAUCUUCUUACCUUGCAAUUUUUUUUGAGAUGGGUCAUGUCUCCCCAUUUAUUUUCAGUGAACAAAAUAGGUUUAUUACUGGAAGGUGUUUUCUGAGCCAUGGUUGAUUGAUAAAGCACUGGGAUUCUUACAUUACUGUUCAAAUUUUAAAAAAAAAAUUAUUUUGAACAUCUCAGCUCUUCCAGUAACUGUCAUCCAGUGUAGACAGGAGCCAAGAAAGAGACAGUAAUGGUCUAACAUGGUAGUGUGUGCAAGUAGCACUGUACUGAAUGUCAGCAGUGGGCUUUGUGCUCUUGAAGACUGAAUUUGGGCUGCAGGGUAAGAGCUCAGAGAGCUGCCUCUCCAAAACCAAAAUCCUUUCUGCUCCUUUCUGGAGAAUUUGGACUGGACUGAAACCUUGUCCUCAGCAGUGUCCUUAGUUUAAUGGCGAUUCUUCAUAAAUCCAUUUGCUUUAAGAUGAGUUGAACAAUCUGUAAUAAAGGUUUGCAGUGCUUGAAUUUAGAAAGCUGUCAACUGCUCACAUAAACUCAGCUAAGUCACAGCAGUGAAGUUGGCUUUUGCCGUAUUUGUCACUCAAGGUGUAAUAUUGUUAAUGAAGACAUGUUUUCCAUGCUGGUAGGACAUGAUAUUAUUUCCUUAAUGUUUUAUUAUUUAUGUAUAUGUAGAACUGUGUAUUGACACUGUUGGGUUUUUUUGAGAAAUACUAGAUUGGGUGUUACUGUUUAUUCAAAAAUGUGGCACAAAACAUAGGGGUUCCUGAAGAGCUCUGCUCAGGUCUUACAGAGCUCAUAGGUAGGAAGUGGCUGAAAUGUUAAUAUAAGUGUUAAUAUAAGUGUUAAUUUUUGUAGUUAUUAGUUAAUUCUUUUCAUAUUUCACAUGAUCUCUAAUAGUGAAAAAGAUAAAUCCUUCAGCCUUCAAAAGGAUUGAAAAUCAGAAUCCAUAUCCAUGAACGAAAGUCCAGGACAGGUCCCCAAGCAGUUGCUGUUCCUUUACUGGAGGAAAGCAGUAACUGCAUGGCUGUGCCUUUUUUGUGGGCAGUAAAGACUUCUGAGAUAUUCACUUCAUUGUGAGGGAGUGGCAACAGUAUUUUUUUCUUACAGUCUGGUUUUAAUUAAAUGUUUGAUGGUAGAUCCACAUUUCUGUAGGUAGGCCACGUGUUCCCUUGCUAAUAAUUACCCAAGGACACUGAAGAUCUGUGCAGUUCCACCGCCACUGAUGUCUUUAAUAAGCUGAAUAAAGUCCCAGGUAGUCACUUGGUGUGCUCGGGUGUCCUGGCAGAGAUGUCACACCCUGAGCUCCCAUGUCUGGGAGGAGAUCCACGUGCCCCCUCUUUGGCAGAAAGGGCAGGACAGGUCUGGUAGUCACUGGAUUUGGCAGUCAGUGUCCCAGUCCUGCACACUCGGGGAGGACUCUCAGCCAUCCCAUCACUUCUUUGGAAACUCUUGCACGCUCCUUGGGAAGCACUGUGCUGCAGGCUGGUGUGCAAGGGACUUUGCUCCUUGAACUUGUUCUCUUCCCAAGGAUAUAUCUGUUACUGAAUACUCCAGAGGUGCUGAGUGCUAAGUAAGGAGUUUCCAAAUGACCAGUGGAGCAGUUGUAUCUGCUGUAAUGUGCAGGAUUUCAGCACACUGCCUCCUCUUUGUUUGGCCAAGUCGUGCUCUAGUGUACUCUCCUCACUGCCAGGUAUGUGGCUGGAAAAGAGGAAGAUUUCAAGCAGACCAGUGAGCAAACCCCAGCGACUGAGCUGGUCCUGGAAUAAAAAAGAUGAUGACUUGUGGUGGAUCAUUUCAGCAUCUGCCAAAAACAAUAAGCUGUUCUGCUUCUGUUGUAGAAAGUGAGAAAAGACUUUACCAGAAGAAAAGUGCACGCUCCGUUUGCAGCUUAACUCACUGUGAAGCUCAGCAGAAAGCCCAGAUGAAUCUGAGUGCCUGGGGCAGACAGAAGUAGAGCUUCUUACCUGGCUGCAGCUGAGCAGCUCUAAUUUCUUUAGGUUGAGUUUGACUUCAGAGCAACUCACAGAACUGGAAAGCAUCAUUUUCUCCUGUUCUGAGGGCCACCCUCUUCAUCCUCAUCCACUAGUAGUUGAAAGCCAUUGUAAAGAAUUCAUUGUCAGGGACAUUCCUUGCUUUCCCACUCAGACUGUUUGUCAGCAUCAUGUUGGGUCCUGCCUCAACUCUUAACUCCAUCAGCUUUUCCAGAUUCUCAUAAAUACACCAAGAGUUAGCAUUCCUGUGCCCUGUAACCCCUUGGAGCUCUGCUGCAGCAGGUUGAAAACAAACAGAAGGAAAAUACUUAAAAAAACUAAAUGUUAAGCUGCAGAAAAUAGAGCCACUGGAAUUUCUGGAGUAUAAGUUGGUUCAAAGUGGGAUUAGGCAGACUCAUAGAGGAUUUGCCCAGUACAGACUCUUAACAGUGACAUUGCCAGUACAACUCAAGCCAAGUGGUUCUUCAGCAGCUGAGUCCUGCCUGAUGAGAGGAUAAGCUGAAGAGGAGCAUCCUUUUAGUUAUGUUUCUUAUACUCUCUCCCCAGGUGUUCAUUCUUGGUGUGAAUAGGAACAGGAUACUCAAGUACAUGGUCCUUUCAUUGGACUGACUGCAGUAGUCCUUAGCUCUGCACAUCCCAAGAAGAGGUUUUAGGUCCUUCACCAGAACGUGUGAGCUGUUCUGCUCUGCUGGGAGGAUUCUGAUGAAAGGGGACAGCAUCUUGAACACACGGGGGAGCACAGGGCUUCCAACCAGAGCGUGCAAGUGAGUGGUCUUAGAGCAGAGUCUGGGGUCUGCAGAAAGGUCUGCCUGUCCCAACCACAUACCAAUAGUUUGGAGUUGCCUUAAUCUGCAGAAUACUUUUUCUCUUUAAGACUUUUGUUGGUCAGUGAUGUCGCCAUUAAUGUCAGAGUUUUGUCUUUGCAUCGUAAUGCCCAGAGCUUGAAAGCAGUGUUAAGUUGUGCACUGCUGAAAGCAGAUGCCUUUGGUCUACUCGUAGAACACGAGUUGCAUGGCAGGUUCGCAGAUUAAUUGUUGCUUGGAUUAUCCUCUGGGAGGGAAUGCCCAAAUGGAUUUCUUAUGCUCCAGAUUUGCUUCCAGGAUCUGUUUCUACCAAGCAAAGCCUAGGCCAGCUGAACGUGGCAAAUACUGUAGGAGAGUCAGCUUAGUGGCUCAUUGCAGACUCGUGCAGAGUGUCUGAGGUGAUUUUGAGGAGUAUGUUAGCCCUGUUAGGUAUACCUAUGAAUAAACUUUCCUUAUUCGUCUGGGUGGCUUGUCAUGUUUUUGCUUAUUGUUGUAGGGUCUGCUGUCUGUCUGGGGGACAUCUUUGAGCAGGAGGCAUUGUUUGUAUUCUGAGCAGCAGAAAAAAAAUAUGUUUAUCAUCUUGGGAGGGUUCUCAUUUGCUUCAGAUCCCUAGGACCUUUCUUUCAGAUGUCUUUGUUUCUAUUUCACUUUGUUCUUCUUUCUGUCAGCCACCCUGAAACACGUAUUAGAUCUUGUAAUGCUCUGGAAUUAUUCUAGAAGCUUUGUCUCCUCUUGUAACUAAAAGUAAACAGAAUCACCAAAGUCUUUAGUGAUGAAACUUGCUGGGCAUCUCAGAAGAUUACAUUUGCUGUGGUUUCUGUUCAUGAUUGUGGGAACAGUGCUUGUCUGCCAUCGGGAAACAGAAAACUUCACUGUGUUUUAAGAUAAAAUAAGGAAGCAGUGGCUUUGAAAUCCAGAUGUUUGGUAUGAUUUUACUAAACUCCUACUUGAGUGAGGUUCAGAAGUUGGGUACAUUCUUUGUCUGAAUAUGUCCUGUUUAGUUCUGAUCAAACCAUUUGUAAGUGAGACUUGGUUAUCAUUUCAGAGCAAAGGAUAUGAAGAAAGAAUUAAAGCUAUCACCAGUGAAAUUAUUUCAGGCUUCCUCCUUCAUUGAUAUAGAUGAGUUAUGCCCAUAGUAAGCCCCAGUUGACAGGAAUACUAGAUUUCUGGUUCAGGGCUUAAAACAGUGCCAAAUUUAGAAUUAGUAUUGCUCUGAUAGGGAGGGGUAGGUUCGUGCCACAUCUUUUGAUUCGAGUGCCUUUCUUGUAGUGUCUACCUACAGCCUGUUUUGGGGACGUGAUGCUACUUGAAGUCUUACUCUGCCUUACCACUUGUAGACUGCAGCUCCUACUCCCUUUCCCUCUUCAGUUGCCAUCUUCUAAAUGGAUUCCAGUGAAUUUUCAGGAUCUAUGGACCCUCUGUCCUUGCCUGACAAACCGCUUAUUGGAGAUCUCCCUGCUGACAUGGAGUUUGGUGAAGAUCUCCUGGGCUCCCAAACAGCUUCCACCCAGGAAGCUUCAGUUCUUCAGCCCCCUGGCUGGGAUCAAUCCAAGCAGAUGACUGCAGAUGGGGACUUGGACCUUCUAGUGAAAGCAGACAGCCUGUCUGAACUAAAUAAAUCAAAUGACCAUGUUCUAGAUAAACCUAAUGUCUUGGAUAUGCUGGAGAAACCUGAUGUCUUAGAUGACUUGGAUAAAACUGCUGACUUGAUGGAGCAGGAUAAACCUGAGGGUCUGGAUGGGCUAUGUAAGGCACAUCCUUCCCAGGACAUGGAGGAUGGACCAUCAGACUCCUCUGCCCUCUCUAGAGAAGCCCUUGUUCCAGAAACAUGGAAAGAAGGGGAGGAUGCACCAAAAAAUUGUUCUGGGGACCUAAAGGAAGACGGUGCUGCUGCUAUUCCUGCACUGCCUGGUGACAAGGCCCCUGAAUCACCUCGAAAACCCAUUCCUGACUCUGGGAACCUCAGCAGUGCCCCAGCCACGGAAGAAACCACAGCACAGUCCUCGAGUCCAGCAAUGCCCCCACCCCAACUCAGUCUUAAACAGACAAAGAAGAUGAAGUUGAAAGCACCAAGGAAAAGCUCACCCCUGCAGAGGGAAGGGCUGGCAGGGGAAGCAGAGAUGGAACCGAUCCCAGACAGCAGAACUGCAGCUUUGCCCCCUGAGCCUAUGGAGGAAAACCGGGCAGAGAGAGGGGAUGAUAAUGGGAAAAACUCGCUUAAAGAAAAUAGUGUACUCAAAGCACAGGAAGCCUCAGCACCAGCAGGAGAAAGCCUGUCUGGGAAGGGGAGUGAGCUGCCAGCUGAGAAGGAGCAGAAAAGAAGUGAACGACCCAGAAGAUCAGAAACUGCCAGGCCUGAAACUGUGAACUCCUCUGAGAGCAUUCCAGUGUCUGACGAAGACUCUGAUGCAAUGGUGGAUGAUCCCAACGACGAGGAUUUCGUUCCUUUCCGCACGCGGCGCUCGACCCGCAUGUCCCUGCGCACCCAGAUGGCCCAGCGAGCCGCCCGCUCCACCUUCACCAAGAUGACCUGUGCCAACUGCAGGACCCCCCUGCAGAAGGGCCAAACUGCCUACCAGCGCAAAGGGCUUCCUCAGCUCUUCUGCUCCAGCUCCUGCCUCACCACCUUCUCAAAAAAACCACCUGGCAAGAAGAUAUGCACCUUCUGCAAAAAGGAGAUCUGGAACACCAAGGACUCUGUGGUUGCCCAGAUUGGUUCAGGUGGCUCUUUCCACGAGUUCUGCACCUCUGUCUGCCUUUCCCUCUACGAGGCCCAGCAGCACAGACCAGCACCUCAGUCUGCAGAUGCCUCGGACACCAGCCGCUGCAGUGUUUGCCACAAACCUGGCGAGAUCCAGCACGAGGUCAGCAACGGGAGCGUGGUUCACCGCAUCUGCAGUGACGCCUGCUUCACCAAGUUCCGGGCCACCAAGGGGCUGAAGACAAACUGCUGUGACAACUGUGGACUUUAUAUCUACAACAAGGGCUUGCCCCUGGAGUACCUCUUCCACGAAGGCCAGCAAAAACGCUUUUGCAACUCUACGUGUCUCAACAGUUACAAGAAGAAGAACACUCGGGUCUACCCCUGCAUGUGGUGCAAGACGCUGUGCAAGAACUUUGACAUGCUACCCAACGUGGAUCGCAGUGGCAAGAUGGGCCUGUUCUGCUCCAUUUGCUGCACUACCUCCCACAAAGUGAAGCAGUCAGGCUUAGUCGGUCCCCCUAGACCCUGCAGCUUCUGCAGAAAGAGCUUAUCUGAACCCUGCUAUUACAACAAGACAGACCGAGUUGUCUACCAGUUCUGCAGUCCCAGCUGCUGGACCAAAUUCCAGUUUUGUACAGUUGUCAAAGAACAGAGUAACAGCCAGGAAGACCUGGGAAACUUAGGCCAGGACGUGCGAAGUGCAACUGAGAAAACAGAGAAUCUAGAGCGCACCAGCCCGGAAGGUGGGAUCCACCUCAACUGCCAUUACUGCCACAAUCUUUUCAGCGGGAAGCCAGAGAUCCUAGACUGGCAGGACAAGGUGUAUCAGUUCUGCUGCAAGGACUGCUGCGAGGACUUCAAGCGGCUGCGUGGGGUGGUGUCCCAGUGUGAGCACUGCAAGCAGGAGAAGCUGCUGCAUGAGAAGAUCCGUUUCUCUGGAGUGGAGAAGAACUUCUGCAGUGAAGGGUGUGUGCUUCUUUACAAACAGGAUUUCACCAAGAACCUGGGCCUGUGCUGCAUCACCUGCACCUACUGUUCUCAGACCUGCCAGCGGGCGGUCACCGAGCAGCUGGAGGGCAGCACCUGGGACUUCUGUAGUGAAGACUGCAAAAGCAAAUACUUGCUCUGGUACUUCAAGGCAGCUCGGUGCCAUGCCUGCAAGCGUCAGGGGAAGCUGCUGGAAACCAUCCACUGGCGGGGGCAAAUCAAACACUUCUGCAACCAGCAGUGUCUGCUGCGAUUUUACAAUCAACAGAACCAGCCCAACCUGGACACGCAGAAGGGGCCCGAGAGCCUGCUGAACAGUCAGACUUCAGAUCCAAAACCAGCUGUCCCUUCCCCACAGAAGACAGAGACUAACAUGCUGUCAGCAAAGGCCUCCUCAGCCCAGACGUCUUCAGCUGCGCCACCUCCCGCCCCACCAGUGGUUCCAGCCACCCCUCGGAAAAACAAAGCUGCCAUGUGCAAACCACUGAUGCAGAACCGGGGCAUUUCCUGCAAGUUAGAAAUGAAGUCCAAAGGAUGUCAGACAGAGGCUGACUGGAAGCCCCAGGUGGUUGUAUUGCCAAUCCCCGUCCCGAUCUUCGUGCCUGUGCCUAUGCAUAUGUACUGCCAGAAAGUACCUGUGCCUUUCUCCAUGCCUGUCCCGGUGCCUGUGCCAAUGUUCCUGCCCACCACCCUGGAGAGCACAGAGAAGAUUGUGGAGACCAUUGAGGAACUGAAGGUGAAGAUCCCCUCCAAUCCCCUGGAAGCUGACAUCCUGGCCAUGGCUGAGAUGAUUGCAGAGGCUGAGGAACUAGACAAGGCCUCCUCGGACCUGUGCGACCUGGUGAGUAACCAGAGUGCAGAGGGUCUCCUGGAGGACUGUGAUCUGUUCGGACCAGCACGGGACGAUGUGUUGGCUAUGGCUGUCAAGAUGGCAAAUGUCCUCGAUGAGCCAGGCCAGGAUCUGGAGGCUGACUUCCCUAAGAACCCUCUAGACAUCAACCCCAGUGUGGACUUCCUCUUUGACUGUGGGCUGGUGGGACCAGAUGAUGUGUCCACAGAGCAAGAUCUGCCUCGAGCUGUCCGAAAGGGGCAGAAGCGCCUGGCACUCUCUGAAAGCUGUUCCCGGGACUCAAUGAGCAGCCAGCCCAGCUGUACAGUCCUGAACUACUCAUACGGAGUGAAUGCCUGGAAGUCCUGGGUGCAAGCCAAGUACGCAGGAGGAGAGACCAGCAAGGGAGAGGAGCUACGCUUUGGCCCCAAGCCCAUGAGGAUCAAGGAGGACAUCUUAGCCUGCUCAGCAGCUGAGCUCAACUAUGGCCUGGCCCAGUUUGUCAAGGAGAUAACACGGCCCAACGGGGAGCGCUAUGAACCUGACAGCAUCUAUUACCUCUGCCUUGGCAUCCAGCAGUACCUGCUCGAGAACAAUCGUAUGGUGAAUAUAUUUACAGACCUUUACUACCUGACCUUCGUGCAGGAGCUGAACAAGUCCCUGAGCGGCUGGCAACCCACAGUCUUACCAAAUAACACUGUUUUCUCCCGUGUUGAGGAGGAGCACCUCUGGGAGUGCAAACAGCUGGGUGUUUACUCACCCUUUGUGCUGCUGAACACCCUCAUGUUCUUCAACACUAAGUUCUUUGGGCUGCAGACAGCAGAGGAGCACAUGCAGCUCUCCUUCACCAACGUGGUGCGCCAGUCCCGCAAGUGCACCACUGCCCGUGGCGUGACAAAGGUGGUGAGCAUCCGCUACUACGCUCCUGCCAAGCAGAAGAAAAGCCGAGAUGGUGGCUCUGGAAAACGGAAGCGUGAGGAGGAGGUACCGAUGUUGGAGCAGCGGGAGAACAGGAUGAACCCCCUCCGAUGCCCAGUCAAGUUCUAUGAGUUCUAUCUCUCCAAAUGCCCCGAGAGUCUGCGGAACCGCAACGAUGUGUUCUACCUGCAGCCCGAGCGGUCGUGCAUCGCCGAGUCCCCGCUGUGGUACUCGGUGAUCCCCAUGGACCGGAGCAUGAUGGAGAGCAUGCUGAACCGCAUCCUGGCUGUCAGGGAGAUCUACGAGGAGCACAGUCGGCUCAGCAGCCUGGAGGAUGACAUGGACUAAGAGCGAGGUGCUGCUGGGCUGGCUGCGCUCCAGCCCUGGACACCCCGUCUUCCUGCCUCCCACUGCAGGGCAGGGGCCAUGCAGCACGGGAGGGGAUGGUGCUGCAGCAGUGCUGUCCCUUCAUCAUUACCAGACUUGGACAUCCCAUCCUGCUCGUUACAGGCCUCCCUUACAUACGUGGCCCUCAUGCUCAGCUCUGCCUCCUCCUUUUGGCUGCUGGGUGAACCAUCUUUCCCAGGGCCAGUUCCCAUGGCACAGGGGUGGCAGAGUCCCUGGGGCACCUGCCUUCACCCUUGUCCACCCUACCCCCAGCCCUGCCACUCCCCCCCCCUCCCCUGCCCCAGGGCAGGAAUCUCACAAGGUGGCAGUGCACCAUCAGACCAGUGACCCCAAAGCUUUUACUUCCCUCUUCCUUCAUCAUUCCCUCAUGAGGCUGCAGGUGGUAUGGCAGGAACAGUAGCUCUGCUGCUGGGGCAGGAUUGUGGUUUCAAGCCAUUGGGGAUGGACCACAGGCUACCUGAGAGCCUUAGGGUCAGGGGGAGGGCUUUUUCCCAGGUGUGGGAGAGUUUUAGGUUGGCUUCAGAGAGUGGAGGAAGCUGGCACUGGAACAUGAGAGCAGAGAUCUGGCCUUGCCAUGGGGAUACCUCCCUCAUGUGCAGCUGAGAUGUCUCUCAGUUUGGUCAGUGUUUCCUGAGUUGUCUGAAAACUGGAGAUGAGUCUGGGUCAGUGCUGCCCCUCUUUCCCCACUGUCCCCUGUCCUGGUGUAGGUCCCCUCCCCCAUGCAAGGUGCCAUCAGUGGGAACCUCUGCUCCAGCCAGGGGCUUGGGCAGCUGCUGGCAGAAACAGGGAGCUCUGCCUGGUCUCCCCCUCCCUUCCAAAGCAGCAGGCUGCCACCGCCCUGCCCAGAGCAAGUCUGGCUCCAGCUGUGCCACUCCCUGCUGCCUCCUGCCCCUCCUCGUGUUCUGGUCAGUUUUCUUGAGCUGUACAUGGGUCUCCUGUUGAGCCUGUAUAUAUUGUUCUGGGCCCUGGCCCGGGGCCAUCUGUUCUCUGUGUCCAUGUGGAGAGUGAGCCGCUCACCAGUCUUGUUGUAGUGAUGCCAGGGCAGUAGGAACUAACCCUGUGUCUCUGGAAACCAUUCAUUUCAAAUAAAGAUGUGGAAAACUUU